AUGGCGCUGAUAGAAAAAAAAAUUCAAAAACCCAAAAGAAGCAGCAGGAUCAGAAUAAAGAAUUUGAAUCAAAUAUGGAAUGGAGUACAAAAGGACAAGAAGAUAUUAUUGGAAGCUUUAAAAAAAUAUGGAUCUGAAGAUAUUUCAGCUUUAUCAAGGAUGUUGCCAAACAUUUCACCUAAGAAUAUUAAAUCAAAGAUUUCUGAAUAUUCACAAAUGGCAGAAGGUGAGGUUGAAUUAUUAAACAAAUGGUUGAAAUGUGGUUUAUAUGAAGCCAGAGAUAGUCUCAUACCAGAAGCAUUAUUAUUUAUACAAUUAUUUGAAGAUCACCCACCUCCUUCAGAAUCAGGUUAUGAUUUCAGGGCAAUAUAUAAUUUUCUUUAUCGUUCGUGUGUUGAAGAACCACCAUUUUUUGAUUUAUCAUCUAACGAUACAGAUAUUUUAUAUUCUUUGUUAUCCAAAAUAGAAGAAAAAUCUUGGCCAAAACAUCAGAAACAUCUUUGGGAAUAUGUCGGUAGAAUUUAUAAUAAGAGGAACAUAAAAGAGUAUAUCCAGGGAAGAACAUACGUUCUUUAUACCAUUAUAAGUUUAGUUAAUGUCAAUGAUUUUGAGGUCAACAACUUGUAUUACAAGCAUUGAAAAGGUAUACCCAGAAAAGACUAUGUAUUCCUACAAUAUUACAAUGUUAGUUCUUUUUAUAUUAUUAUGUACAUAUCAGUAAAUUUUAUUUUAACAAAAAUGAUUGUACAGAAGUCGGAUUGUAGGUUCAAAAUUAUUUUGCAAGACUGAGAUGUAUUUUAUUAAAAAUAUCUUAUAUAAAAAGUUAUCUUAUAUGUAAAAUAAAGUAAUAAAAUGAGUAUUUGCAACAAACAGUUUAUAUACACUGAUAUACUCUACAUAACUGAAAUAAUAUAUAUUUAUUUUCACAUAACAUAUGUUCGUGUACAUGUAAAAUAAAAGGGCUAUAUCACGUUCGUUUUUAUAAAAAUUAAUUAUUAUUUAAUAUGUUUAUUACUAGUAGUUUUGAAAAUAUAGAUUAUACAUAUAAACUGUAUGAACACAAACUAUAAUGUUUGGUAGUAUCAUGUAUUAAAUGCAGAAUAAGAGCAAGCACAGUAUUCAAAUAAAUACACAGUACUAAUGUA